UAAUAGAUCACGCGUAUACACAAUGAUUUCAUACUUUCACGUUAAUAUUUUGUAUAUAAAUACUAUUGACCCGCUUGGAACAAACGAGGCCAUUUUUCGUUUUUGUCCAAAACUAAUGCCUUCGGGUUCGGUGUAUUGGUUGUUGCGUUGUGCUCAGAAGAUUAAGCAGCAAGUCUGAUAGUUUUAAACUGCGGCUCAUUUUGAUGUAACCAUUUUUUAAGUUAACUAUUAUUUUUAUUUCGUUAAUUCGUAAUUCGUGUUAUACGUGAAUAACGGUAUAUUCCCUCUGUCAGCCAGUCAUUCCAUUAAUUGUGUUAUUUUUAUCAAUUUGGCGUAAAAAAUAAUGUUUGGAAUGGUUUCUGCUAUUCAAAUGUCAACGUUUUAAACGUUUUACCUGGACACCGAUGCCUCUAAUUAUUCUAUUAUGUAUUUGUGUUUUCGACGAUUUUUCGCCUGAAUAACGGUUAAGGUUCAUACGACACAAAAUGAAUAAUGCCUCCCAACUUCAUUCUCAGACACCCAACAUUUAUUUUUUACCCCAAUAUUCGACAAUACCUACACGGUGUCUCCUGUCCGCCGCCUCCCUCCUUUACGCAUGCACGCCAAACAACAUCUGUCGAUUUAACGGUGUAUUUCCGUAUUAGGCAACGUAUUGUUACCAGGGAAGUAUUAAGCGAUCUGUAGGCGAUUUACAUAUAAACAAACACGAUGAUAAUUUAUUUUAUGUGCUCUGUGGAAAUCGUUCACGAAUCCCCACGGAGUUAACGAACAAAAAUGAGCAAAAUAAUAAUUAUUAAAACUAGAUUCAAAAAUAGUUAACGUUAUUGUGAUAACGUUGUUAUAUAUUAUAAUAAAUAUUGUUUUAAUACUAUUAAUAUGGCCAUUGUGUUCGGAUCGCUUAAAUCGUUGCAAUUACUCGUACCAGUUCUUUACGUAAAACAACACGGUUUGAAAUUAAUACGUCUAGAAAAAGAAGACGUUCUUAUACCCGUCGAGUUUGUCUAUUAGAUAACUGUUCUUAUUUUUAAUUUAUUGUGCGCUGACAAAGCGUAUUCACGACAUCGAUUUCUUCUUGAACUGUGUGUUUGUGGGGGGGGGGGGCAUACGCUAUUAAAUAUUUCAUUGCCCAGAGCGUCGUUUGUAAUACGAACCUGUUUAGUAUUAUUACAACGUGAGCUCACACAAAUAAGUAUAUACACAUGCAUGCUCGAUCGCGCGCGCUUGUAUACGUGUAUGCAUACAUACGUCGUCUACACACACACGGAUACGAUUAAAUGCGGAUGGACGAGGAGACCAACGCCGUCAGUCGGCCAUAACGACGUCGAUCGGCGGUCACCUCGUUGCUGCUCGACGACUAUCGGUGGGUCGUUUCUGUAACCGGCGUCGGCAACGACAUCAUUGUGCGUGGAGAGCACGCACGGUAUAACAAAUCGGAAUAUUCGGUGAAAACAUAAUGUUGACGCUGUCGGUAAGGAACAGGAGUAAAUCUAAACGGGCGCCGACGCCCAAAAUUGACGAACAAUUGGAACGUAUCGGACUCAUGAGACACGUGGUGCCCAGGGACGGCAACAGCCUAUUCCGGUGUAUCUCGCAGUGCGUGUUCCUUACGCAAAGCUGUCAUAUGGUGGUCAGGCAACAUCUGUUAGAAUUUUCCAGGCUCCAGGCCAUAGAGUUUGGCAAGAUGACCCAACUGCCGGCCGCCAUGUACGCCAAGAAAAUCACCGACACGAAACUGGACGGUGAGCUGUUGGACAUGCGUGUUGCUGCUAAAGUCUAUCGCAUAAACAUUACGUUCUAUGUGGACGCUCAUCCGUUCAUACCGCUGGUCGUCGAUAUCCCCGACGCUGUCAAAACGUUGAACAUAUGCUUGAACUACGAAGGCACGUACGACUUGGUAUUAGUCAAAGAGUCGGUGGAGAACAUAUCAUUCUGCCAGGCGGUCGUCUACGAAAUGCUCUACAAAAACGUGUUCAUGUUGGCCGGAGUUGAUUUCGCGGUCAAGGAAAUGUUGUUCGAACGCAACUUGCCGUCGUCCCGGUCCAACGACCGGCUCAGUUUGGAGAAACGAGCUACUUGCACGGACAUGAAGGAGUUGUUGGAAAUCGGUAUCACGCCGUUCCCGUUCAAAGUGGCCAAGGCGCUAACGCCCAAACUGUACCGAAACACUGAGUACGACAUAUGGCUGAAUAGCAAAAAAGAAAAGUUCUACGGUCGAUGGAACAACUGGGAGUUCAAGGAGGGCAGUAAGUGUUUGGUGAGUAUCGAUGACCACGAGUACGACUGUUACAUUCAACGAAUCCGUGAAAAAAAUGAACCCGUCGAGGUGUACGUUAAAGAUCUGGCACGGAAAAUCGAUGUGGAAUUCGAUCAGUUGCGGCUGAUGCCCGUCGAACAGGACGUCCGCGACCUGACGGCCGAUGGUGGAAGCCCUCCCGUCCAGGUGGGUCAAGUGUCAUCGUCCACACCGGACGAACCCGGCAAGGCGACCGGCCAUAGUGACGAAAAACAGGAGUUGUCGCACCGCGUCGACGUUUCGGCCGAAUAUCACCGUAGGGACACUCCGCGCCCUCGCCGCCAGCAAACAACACCCGAAAUGUGCACAAUGCCGACACAACUUUCCGGACACGCUGUACAUCCGCCGCCCAAUUAUUAUGUUAGACAUUAUCCUCCGCCGCCGCUACCGCAAAUGCCUGCUUUGCCCUUGACUACACUGAAUUCUUCCUGCGGCAAUAUGGUACAACAUCCUUGGUACAUGCCCACUCCUCCGCCGGCACUGCCGCCGUUCAAAGAAAGAUUCGUGCUGGUCGAGCAGCCGCCGCUGGCGGGUAACAUAAACCGCCAUAUAGUGUCGCCGCCCAACUUCCAGUUUGUUAAUUUCGUGGAAGGGUUGCCGCCACCACCACCACCGCCACAUUUUCAACAAUUGUCGCCGUCUUGGUAUUGUGUUACCGAACACCAAACGGCCGGCACCACGUGCAAGUGUGAGCAAUGUGACAAUAGCAAUGAAAGCGUUACCGCCUCGACCAUGGAUUUCAAUCGUGCGUAUCAUCAUCAACCUUGGCCGCAGGAGUACGACGCUUCUACCAGUGAUCAUCCAGCGUCGCAUCUUAACAGCAAAGACUGAUACGGUGUAACCUCAAGACUGACCGAUUAUGUUUUUUUUAAUUAAAUUGUUAGGACAGUAAUUAACCAACAAUUGUUUUUUUUUAUUAUAUGAUAUAUCAAGAUGAUUUUUUUUAUUUAUGUUACUACUAUUCAGUAUUACUCGCUAGGUAUAAAAGGACAAUUUUUUAAAUUUUGUUUUCCAGUUUUAAUAUAUUAUAAUAUUGUUAUUUAUUAUUUCCAUAUUGCGUGAGACACUCAAUGAGCUCAACCAAAUAAGUGAACUACGUUUUUAUUGUUUUUUUAUUUUUAUCUAUUCCUCAGUAAAGUAUCGUGCAGGAUGUUUAUUAAGCAUAUUUAUAUAUUAUUAUGUUAUUUUCUAUUUAUUAUAGAUUUGUUAAAGACUAAAACGCUAGAGACUGAUUAAACGUUAAAUGUUAUGCAAGUUAAACGGUGAGACAAAAACAUUGUGUUAUAUUAUAUUGUUUUUACUGUAAUCUAAAUGGUCUAAAGUAUUUUCAUUAAAUGUUAUUUAUCAGGAA